AUGAGCAAACUUAAAAGACUCAUUCCAGCAAGAGGCCUAAAAACAUCUGCCAAACAUCUCACCUAUGACCACUUCAUCUUUAACUUCGAUGAUGUAGAAAAUUUAAAAAAGCUAAAAGAACUAAACACAGAACCAUUGGUGGUACAAACACAAACAAAGAAGGACAAAUAUGAACACAUUUUAGAUCAAAGUAAAUUAAAAAAAACAAGAAAAUUGCUCAUUUUGAUUCGAAAAAAAUUGAUAAACUAUGAACAGACACCGCUGAAUAGAUUCUACUUCAUAUUCUAUAAAAAUGUGGACUGUCUCUCCGAGGCCGAAGUGAUCGAUUUGUUGUACUUGGCCAUACGCAACAGAAAAUAUUAUGCGCAGCAAGGGGGUGUAGAGAGCGGCUUUGACAUAGAGACUGGUGGUCUCUGUGACGGAGGGAACAACUCUAUCAUCAGGGAGGGAAGCCAUUUUAGUAGGAACAACGUACAAGACAUUUCUGAUCAUGUCUACACCAAUGUAGGUGAUACGAAAGAUAUCGCCAUACAUACCUGGGAGAAUGGUCACCUUGGGGGGGACAAUCAGAAAGAAAAUAAAGGCUGUGCACCAAGGGGAGAAGACCACGAAUGGGUUGACGAUGCAAUUAAUGGUGAAUGUUCUCGUAUGAAAUGUAAACAGGGUGGAUCCAUUGCACAGAGUGGGACUGACAAUUGGAUGGUGGCUAUGGAAGAGGAUGGAGUGGAUCCCAGAAAUGAUCAUAAGUACACUCAAAAAAGUACCAAUUUUAGGCGUCGAAAUGUCGAUUACGUGCUGAGGCUGCUGUCCUCACUGAGGAACUCGCUAAGGGAAAGAAAAAUUGUCAUAGAAAACACGAUGACCUUGCUGGAUGUGUACAAAUUGUCGUACUGUUUGCGCCACUACAGAAUGGUAGAGGGGGACAGUUUCAUAGUAGCGUACAUCUGCGGUUUCCUAAAAAAAGAAAUCAGUCACAUAAAUCAAAACAGGAGCGGCUACGAAAUAAGAGACGAUGAGCAGCUGAACAUUCUGCUAAACAUCCUCAUCAUACAUCACAAAAAAUUGAAGGGGCAUUUUUUUAACCUGCUAUAUGACUACCUAUUUGCAGUGUUCAAAAGGGGAAUCUUCAACCUGUCUUGCAAGAAUAUUUGCCUACUACUACAAGUGAAUAAUUUCCAGAACGACGCAAUGAGGGGUACCCACCUAUUUGACCUACUCACGGACCGCCUCGCCAACACAUCCGAAGUAACUUCGCAAAAGAUUCAAAAUGUACACCUCCUAUCUUUGCUACUGCUCCGCUAUGACUACUCCAAAAGGUACUCCAGUGAAACGUACGACAAAUUUGUGGAAAUAGUUUAUCAUAUGUAUUCUUACCUGAGGAAGAAUAUGAAUAACUUAUUAGGGAAUAAAAAAAGAGAAAACCUUUUGAAUGUCCGUUUUUUAAGAACCUUUUCGCUAGCUCUCUCUCUGAUAGGAAACAACCUCCAUGUGAAUGAUGAGUUGUGCUUGUUCGUACUUUACCUUGUGACCAAUCCUGAGCAGACACUCACCAUCCAUGACUACAUUGAUUUGUUAAAAAUCUCCCAUUUUUAUAACUUCCAAAAUGAGCUACAUUUUAGCAGGAACGCUCUCUACUGUGAAAAAAAGACGUGCUUCUACAUCUAUGGCGGUGUGUGGGGGGACCAGCAGGGGUACCUCCCCCUCAACUGGGAAAGGUUAUCAAGUUACGUUUACGAAUGCUUAAAGGUGAUAUAUUCCUUUGAAGAGGAAGGAAGAAAUUGGAUUGGCUCCCCUGGAGAGGAUCUCGAGAAGGAAAGGCAGAUGAUAGGCACGUCCAACGGGAUAGACAUCAAAAAGGAACCGCAUGUGGAUCCCCCACCCAUGGCAGAUAUUAAUAAACCCUUUGCGCUUACAGAGGUACCCACACCAAAGGAUAACCUCGAAACGUACCUUCUGAAAGGACACCCAAAAGAUGGGCAAAGCGGUGCCGUUGAAAACGCCUUUCGAGUGAAACCACCCGCACAGUGCCUAAACAAGCAGAAGGCGGUAAAGAAGAACAAAAGCUACUACAUGCAUAUUUUGGACAUCCUACCAUCCAUGCAAAACGACUCAAGUAACAAACCUUUUUAUAAACACCUGCUGCGAUUAUUUCAAAGAGACGUGGGGAAUUUUAAUCUACACGUGUUCGACUUAGACAAGAUCCUAUUCACGUAUAGUCAGCUGAACAUUAAGAAAGAGGACCUCCCUUUGCAUAUUCUAAACUUACUAGAAAGGGUGAAAGAAAAUAUUAUGAGGAAGGAUCACCCCUUGGAAAAAGAAAGGUACCUUCUUCAUUCUCUCUGUAACAUACUUCUGACGAUGGCUGAAUUGAACCUCCUUCCAAUCGUGGACCUAAAAAUUUUCGAGAAAAAGGUCCUUACGCAUAUCCAUUUAUUAAAUGUCAGUACUAUUCUCACUCUGAUACAGUACUACAUUUUGAAGGGAGCAGGGACGAACGGGAUAAGUGCACACACAAACACGAUUACGUUACUGGCUCUGCACUAUGUUAAGAGGAAGUACCUUCUCUCGAGGGAUGGUACAGAUGGAGAUGCAGCCCAAUUUGAGGAUCUAAAGAGGGAUGUGAAUUAUCCCAUCAUAGAGCCUUAUCUACACCAAAUGGAUAGUCAUAAUGGGAAAGAGGCUUCCACGGGGGAAUACCAAAUGGGGGAAGAGUUUAGCCGAAAGGGAAACCCUUCCUGUGGUCCCAAAACCGAUGCAGUGGAAAAGGAAAGCAGUUUUUGUGUCCCCUUUGAAAAGAUAAACGAAGACGAUUUGUACGAAUUUCUACUUCUAAGAUUUGUGUUCAUCCAUCUCGUCACCCAUACGAGCCUGUUUCACGAUAACAUCAAAUAUCACCAUGGGGAGGAGAGGCACUACCGCACCAUGGUAAAUAACCUUAACAGAAUUGUCCUUCACCUGAAGACUGAUUUCUCCGACAUGUUGUUGGUUGGUCUGACGGAUGGUGUCAUUGUAGACGGUGGUGAUGACGUGCGGACUCCCCAAGAAAGGGGCCCCUCAAGUUGGCAAAAUAUCCGAAGGGACAGCGAAGAAGCAGAAAGGAGGAUUCUACCCAGCUGUGCAGCCCACGGAGUUGAAAAUGAGCGCAUCACAGGCCCCCCAAACCAAAAUAACAUCCUUAGCCGCUCGAAUUUUAUCCUACUCUCCAGCUACGUGAUGUUCAUCCUUAAGCAUGACCUGAAUUUUCUCACGAAUGACCGGAUUUUCCACGAAGCAGUGGCCAUGCAGCAUUUCUUUGUUAAGAACUUCAAAAGCUUGUACUACAAUUACAAAUACUCAUUUGUCUAUCGCAAAUUAAUGCUUUCAUUAAUUUUUGAUAUGAGGAGAAAAAGUUCCAUGAGGAUGAAUUGCCCUUUAAAUGCGCUCAAGAACAGCCCAAGUGACAUGGAAAAAAUGAACAUAAAUGAGUACACACAGAUAUUAAGGCUGUUUAGUGCUCUGUGUGCAGAGGAGGGAAUGGAGGGAAACGCCUUUUACAGCUACUUAACACAAAACUGUGUGCAAAUGUCUAGCUCGCAGCAGUCGCAGCAGUCCCAGCAGUCCCAGCAGUAUGACAUUAUACUGAAUCGUCACUUAAUUUACGACAUGAACAACAGCGAAAUUGUCAGCGUUCAUUUGAAUGUCCCUUUUUUUAACUACAUUAUUCCGAUGCUCAUAGAAACGAAAGCCCUUUCUGUGGCUGUGCAGGUGAUUUUCAGCCCCAGGGAAAAUGUAGACACGUAUGCAACACUGUUCAACGUUAUGUGGGCGUUCUUAAAAAGUUAUAAUUAUGACGUGAUACUGAUGAAGAGAAGAGGGGAAGCGUAA